CCUUCUUUCUUUCUUUCUUUCUUUCUUGGCUCUGGUAUUCCCUGGUGUGAUUCUCCACCAUAUUUGUAAAGACCCAUCAAACUUUAUUAAAGAAAAAAAAAAAGGAGAGAAAAAAAAACAAAAGAUAGAUCAAAAACCAUGGUUUUCUCAUCCAUUCCAGUAUAUUUAGAUCCUCCCAAUUGGCACCAGCAGCAAAAUCAUCAUCGACUAGGAAGCGGCGGCAACAGCAGCGAAACACCCCAGCUUCCGCCACUGCCUCCACCACCACCUCCUCAUGUCGGAGUCGGAGGCGGUAGUGGCGGUGGCAUCGGCUCGAUCAGGCCUGGUUCGAUGGCUGAUCGAGCCCGACUAGCGAAGUUACCACAGCCAGAAGCGGCUCUUAAGUGCCCGAGAUGCGAAUCCACCAACACAAAGUUCUGCUACUUCAACAAUUACAGCCUCACUCAGCCUCGCCACUUCUGCAAGACAUGUCGGCGCUACUGGACUAGAGGUGGUGCCCUUAGGAAUGUUCCGGUUGGAGGAGGAUGCCGAAGGAACAAGAAAAGCAAAAGCAAUAACCGAUCGAAAUCUCCGGUUUCCACCGAAAGACCAAUGGGUGGUUCCAGUUCAACAAACCUAAUGAUUAAUCCUAGUGGCUCCGAUGUAGUUUCCCGUUUACUCCCGCCGCCGCAGCAAAAUCAAUCUUCUUCCUUCAUGCUUUCGAUACAAAAUCAUCUUUCUAGGUUCGCCGGUGGUGGUGGUGGUGGUGGAAACUUGGGGUUAAACUUCAGUGAGAUCCAAGUUCCUGGUGAUAUUGGGUUCCCGAUGGGAGGUAAUUCAGGUGGAAACAAUGUGAUGUUACCGGGUGGAGAAGCGGAUCAAUGGCGAUUGCAGCAAUUUCCUCCUCUAAUGGGUAACGGUUUCGAUUCGUCUUCCUCUUCAGGUCUAUACCCAUUUCAAGUUGGUACUGAAGGAGUUGUUGAACCAGUACUACCUCCUAUGGUUGGAGAGAGUCAGCUGAUUAGAAACUUUUCAUCGUCUAGGGUUUCGCAGAUUAAUAAUAAUCCUCCGGUGAAAAGGGAAGACAAUCAUCAGGGUUUGAAUCUAUCAUCAUCAAGACCUACUCUGAAUGCUAUUUCGGAAAAUAAUAAUCAAUUCUGGGGUGGAAGUCCAUGGUCCACAGAUAUAUCAGGUGGUCUCAACUCUUCUUCUUCUUCAAGUCAUCUCUUGUAAGUUUUUUGAUGAAUAAAAAGGUUUCGAAACGAGACGAUGGAUGGUAACCAAAUGCAACAACAACAACAACAACGACAAUCUAUCUGAUCGUUUUAGAUCAGAUUGAAGGUAUCCAAGAAAAUAUGGUAGAAAUUUGGUGUUUUUUGUAUUAGAAUUUCUUUUGUUUUGGUUUUACAGUAUUGUUUAAUUUUAACUUGUAAUAUUUAUUUGAAAGUGUCAUGUAUCGUAUGGUGUUUGCUUGCCUUAAAGAACCAGAACCGUGUGUGUUAUAAGUUAAUUAUGAGCGAGCUUGUGUUAAA